CAAAAAUUAACCGUCAACUUGUCAUCUCUAAUCGGAACGUCGCUUGAACAACGUGCUCGUCGUUUGAAUUGGGAAUACAUUCCCAGCAAAUAAAUUAAAUAAAAUAACUUAACAGCAUUAUUAAAAUGAAAGUCAAGACAGGAAAAAACAUUGCCAAUGGCGGAAAACCCAAAAUAAAGGACAAAGCAGAUCGCAAACGUUCAAAAUCCGUGAAGUCCGAGGACGAAGCAGUGAAGCCAGCCAAGAUUGUAAAGGUUUCUGCCGAGUAUCAGCCGACUGAGGAGAAGGAGAACACCCCCAACAAUGCCCUGAAGCUCUCGGACAUCAACAAAGCUGUGUUCGUAGUCUUCAAGAAGCUCCAGACCAGUCCAUUGUCCCAGAAGAUAAUCAAUUCCCUGAUCGUGUUGCUCCGGGAUGAUACCAACAUUCCCCAGCGUACAGCUACUUGUUCCUAUGUGCUUAAGCGCCUGAUCCGUUCCACGGGUGCCGAUGACAUCAAAUCAGUGGCACAGGCCGCCAGCUACAUUCACUGCAUCCUGAGUUCCGUGCCCGGAAUAGAUGCCCUCGAAGUCCUGGCCACCCUAAAGAAGGACCUGGCCGUGGGAAGUCAGCAGAAGGGCAAGGAAGACACACUGGCGGCCGUAGGCCAGCUGGUUACCGCUUUUUGCAUCGUGCAAACGCCACAGUUCAUGGAGGAGCCAAACCCGAAGCUGGUGGCUUCCGUUUAUGAGAUCCUAGUGUCCCAGCUGAAGGGGCGAGAGUAUUUGGUGUCCAUGUGCUCCGAUAUACUGGCGGGUUCUUUCAAGAAGCUUCCUGCCGAGAUUUUCGAGGAACAAGUCUGGCCCCUGUUGCAGUCGCACUUGAAUAAGUCCCUUAGUGCUCUCAAGGUGAACACCUGCGAUGUCCUGUUGUCCAUACACCUGGCCUAUCCAGCCAUUCUAGGACGCAAGCAGCUCUUGUCCAGUCUAUGGACCAAAAAGCCUCAAUAUGAACAGCUCUUCGAGCUCUACAUCGCCGGCUCGACGAUCCACAGUGACGGUGUCUACUCGCGACUCGCCAGAUUCAUAGCCUCCGGCGGGCAGGAGCUGCUCUCCGCUUGGCAGCAGUUUGUAGACGCCAAGCAGCCGAUCAAAUUCAACUCGGCGAAGGCUUGUGUGAUCCAGGUUCUCGGCCACAUCAUCCUUAACUUUGCCGAAGAGGACGAGCAACCUAUUUUGGAUCUCUUCGCCCCGACCACAAUAAAGUUCCUGCUCCAGGAGCUGUCCAGUGUCAAGGGGGACAAGAGCGAAGCCAAGAAGCCGUCCCAAAAGGAGCUUCGCGAAAUCGUCUACAAGUUCGAAGGCUCCCUGCUGCUGGCCUUUGAGAAGCAGCUGAAGAAGGAGGAGACCAAGCUGCAGUUGUUCCAGAAAUUCCUGGAGGAGAGGCUCCAAGUAGAUCUGGUGAUUAACUUGCCCCGUUUCAGUCAACAGGUCAUCGGUUUCCUUGGCGUUGAGAGUCUCAAGACCCUGUACGAGUUCUAUCAGACGAAGCUGACCACUUUGGGCGACGAGGAGAAGCUGAACCGGUCCUACUGCCUCAACCAGAUGCACUUCAUCCUCCAGAAUGCCCAGCUGGCCGAGAAGGAGAGCAAAUGGCGCAACAAGCAGCUGCGCCAGUUGAUGCUCGCCGGGCUUUUCCACUUGGAUGGCAGCCUGGAGCCGUGCGCGGCCAGCGAGGCCAGCGCCUUCAGUCGUCAGUGCUCGGCGCGCUGCGAGGAGAUCUUCCUCGGCAGCUUGCUGCACAAGUGCCCAGGUCUGCCCGCCCUGUGCCAGUUGCUUCAGAAAAACCUUGGCUUCCUCAACAAGCAGUUGUCGAAGGCAGAUGCCGAGACCAAGUUGCUCAACCAGCGGGAUGAGGCUCUCCAGAAGCUCUGGCCGCAUGUGGAGAAGCUGCUGACCAAGCCCAGCGAGGAGUCGGACGUGGUGGCCCAGAGCUUCGAGGCGUUAAUCCUUUUCGUUGCCUUGGCGCUGUGCACGAAGAGUAACCUCCCAGUUGCCGUGCUGGAUGAUCUGAUCAUCUGUCGCAAGAACGCCGUGGACAAGAAAAAGAAGAAGGCUGGUGGGGAAGAGCCCGACUGGCAGGACGUCCUCACAGAUGCCCUUCUGCAGUUGCUCCUGCAAACUGGUCACUUCUGGCGCGAGUUUGUCAACCUGGUGGCCUCCGCCCUGAUUCCCCAUCUGAGGACAAGCAACUUGGAGCAGAUCUUGGAGGUGCUGAACAUGAACAAGAAUCCCUUGAGCAAGAAAAACGCCGACGAGGAGGAAAGCGAUGAGGAGGGCGAAGAGGAGGAGGAGGAAGAGAAGGACUCUAGCGAUGAUUCGGACGAAGAGGAUUCCGAAGACGAUGGGGAUGAGGAGGAAGACGACGAUGAGGAUGGCGGGGAGGACGAGGAGGAGUCCCAGUUGGCCCAAAUCCGGGAGAGCGUUCGUCAAGCUCUAGUGGCUGAGGGCGAAGCCGAAGACGAUGCCAGCAGCGUGGAUUGGAACGAUGUCGACGAGGAGCAGGGUCAGCGCUUGAACGCCGCCCUGGAGCGAUCCUUCCAGCUGUUCAAACCGAAGUCUGGAAAGUCCCUGGCCAAGCAGCGACCCACCAAGUCGGAGCGCAUCGACAACACCAGUUUGCUGCACUUCCGCAUCCGUGCCCUGGACUUGCUCGAUCUGUUCUCCACCCAAAAGCCGACCCAGGCCGUGAUCCUGGAUGUACUUCUUUGCGUCUUCCAGGUAUUCAGUCACAGCAUCACCGACACCAAGCUGCAGUCUCUCCGAGAGGCUAGCCUGAAACUUUUAAAGAAGCUACUCACCAAGAACAUUGACUUUGAAUCGAAACCGGACAAGGCACCCAUUCUGGAGGCCAUUGAGGAGCUUAUGAGCACCGGCGAGGAGCAAGUGGAUGAGGAGAAGCAAGACAAGAAGAAGCAACAACAGUCCAGCCGCCAAUCCAAGGCGGAGAUAACCGUCUGGCGGGAUAAGUGCUUCGCCUAUUUGGUCAGCCAGGGAUCGGUGAACGAGGAGCCGAAGAAGAGCGCUGUCUGGCCGCUGCUCGUCGAGUUCUUGGAGCUGUGGGUGGCCAACCGCAGGAGCCGCUUGUCCCUGGCCAGUUUCGAGGCUCUGUUCCAAGCGGGCCAGUGGGCCGGAGUAGCCCCGCUGGCUGUGCUGCUGGUUUCCCACUUGGAUGUGGCCAAAACCCGAAGUCUGCGACGCGCUCAGAUUCUCAAACUCCUCAGCGAACAGUUCCGCCGUCUGGAGGCGGCUCUCCAGGUGAAGGGCUCCUCCGAUGCCAAGGAGUUCGAAAAGCAGCUGGCCCGGUAUGUCGCACAACUGGAGGAGUCGGACAAGAGCAGUCCCAAGGAGCUGCAGUUGCUCCAGAAGAUUCUGGCCCAGGGCGGCGCCAAGCGGGCCCAGCUCCUGGAAAAGGUCAAGGUGCUGGCCAAGAAGCCUCAGAAGAAGGUGAAUGGAAAGGAGGAAGAAGCCGACGAAGAGGAGCAAGAGAUGGAGGUGGACGAAGAAGAGGAGGAGGAAGCUAAGCAGAAAAAGAAGCCAGCGAAGAAGCAAGGAGGAAAGGAUUCCGCCAAAAAGGGCAAGAAGACAAAGAAAGAGAACGAAGUUGAGGAAAUGGAGGUCGAAGAGGAGCAGGAAGGGAAGACCCUGAAGAAGCCAAAGGAUUCCACCAAGAAGGCCAAGAAGGUUGCGAAAGAGACAGAGAAAAAGGAUACUUUGAAGAAGACCAAGAAGGGAGCAGGAGAAGCCAAGCCGGAAGAGAAGUCGGCGAAGAAGCCCAAGGAGACGUCCAAAAAGGCCAUCAAAAAAUCGAAAAAAUAACCAGAUCCUUUAAUUAAUUUUAAAAGUAUAUUAUAAGUUGUUCUUAGAUAAUCUACUGCGAAGUAAUCGAAAAUAAAUCUGUUUUACGCCAAAUGGUCACAAGAUCAUUAACCAAACAAGAA